AUGGUAAAGACAUUUCAAGUCUACUUAGGAGCACAAGGAAACAGCUCAACACGAAGCAACAGCAGCAACAGUAGUUGUAGUAACAGUAGCGAUAGUGAUGACCGUACAUACAGCUGUGUACAUUGUCGUGCUCACCUUGCUCGUCAUCAAGAUCUUAUUUCCAAGUCAUUUCAAGGAAGUCAAGGUCGCGCAUAUCUGUUCGACACGGUUGUUAAUGUUUCUUGUGGGAAACCAGAGGAAAGGCUCCUACUCACCGACUUAAUACAUCUCAAUAGCGAUACAUCUCUUUCUUGGAAUGAACUGAAAAAAUAUAUCUAGAAGAAUUCGUUCGGCAGUCGCUAUUUUCUUUAUUUUUUGUUAACAGUGGAUGCAAUUAGACGAUGCACUAGCCCUUCCAUCCCAUUCACACGAGCAAAUAGAGGUCAAGACAACCAGUGUAGCAGUAGCCUCUGCAUUAGUAGGCCUAAACGUAAUCAAGAGAAAAAGCAAGAUAUUGAAAUGCAGCGUGGAGAACACCAACCCAAUCACACUUAAUGAAGAAACUCUAGAACAGAUGGAAAGCUUUAUGUAUCUGGUCAGCAUUAUCAACGAACAAGGAGAAUCCAAUGCAGAUGUGAAGACAAGGAUUGGCAAGACAUGAAUGCCAUUCCUACACUUCAAGAACAUAUGGAACUCAAAACAA